AUGGGCAAUAAUCUCUCGUCGACCUUUGUCCCCGACACCUCCAAGGUGGUCCUGAGCCCGCCCGACGCCUUCGGUGACAUUCUCGUCGUCAUCAUAUGGGGGCUCGUCUUGAUACGCGUGGGCGGGGGGUCGGUGCUGGCCGCCAUGUUGCUGUCGACGGCCUGGCCCGUCGUCAUGGCCUACAUUGUGAUUUCGGGCUGA